GCGGCCGCGUCCCCCCGUUCUGUUUGCCAGGAGCUCAAGCAUGGGCUCCGCCGCGCCCUUGUUCAUCCCCGCCGAGGAGGUGGAGCGGCACCUCCACCGUGCCAGCCUCCUGCUGCCCGGCCUGGAGGCCGCCCUGGCCAACUUCUCCGCCGGCGCAGCGGGAGGUGUCGUGCAGCCCGUGCGCACCGUGGUGCCGGUGCGGCGGCACGGCGGGUUCCUGGGGGUCAUGCCCGCCUACAGCGCCGCCGAGGACGCCCUCACCACCAAGCUGGUGACUUUCUACGAGCACAAGAAGGACUCCUCCGUCCCCUCUCACCAGGCGGCGGUCCUCUUGUUUGACCCGAGAAACGGCACUUUAAAAGCUCUCCUAGAUGGCAGUGUGAUUACAGCGAAAAGAACAGCUGCCGUUUCUGCGAUCGCUACCAAGUUGUUAAUGCCUGCUUCUGCAGAAGUGCUGUGCAUUUUGGGAGCUGGCGUCCAAGCUUACAGCCAUUAUGAUAUCUUCAUGGAGCUGUUCUCUUUUAAAGAGGUCAGGAUAUGGAACCGUACCAAGGAGAAUGCGGAGAAGUUUGCUAAUUCAGUUGAUGGUGCGGUGCGGGUCUGCUCCUCCGCUCAGGAGGCAGCGCAUGGGGCCGAUGUGAUUAUAACAGUCACUAUGGCAACAACACCCAUUUUAUUUGGAGAGUGGGUAAAACCAGGUGCUCAUAUCAAUGCUGUUGGAGCAAGCAGACCAGACUGGAGGGAACUGGAUGAUGAACUGAUGAAGAAUUCCGUUCUAUUUGUGGAUUCUAGAGAGGCUGCUCUGACAGAAUCGGGAGAUGUUAUAUUAUCAGGGGCAGAGAUUUUUGCUGAGCUGGGAGAGGUACUGCAGGGUACAAAACCAGCCCUGCCUGAGAAAACAACAGUGUUUAAAUCACUGGGGAUGGCGGUUGAAGAUACAGUGGCGGCAAAAUUUGUCUAUGACUCAUGGUCAGCUGGCAACUGAAGAGAAGUCUGCAAUGCCAACAAGGCCAAGAAAAUUGUUUGCACUUAAUUUCCUUGGAUCUUUUCUUAACAAGAAAGGCACCAGUUCUCUCUGAAUGUGUCCCUUCUAGGACAUUCAAGAAUGAAAAGUAAAAUUUUCGCAAUAGAUUAAUUUCUACUUUUUUCUAAUGGCAAGUGUUAGAUACAUUUAGCAGUAAUGCUACAGGUGUCUCAUGUAACAGCAAGUAUUAGAUGUUUGCAGUGAUACUAACCAAGAGUAUUUUUACAUACUUUAGUAUAUUUCUGAAAUCAAAGCCUUUCCUCCCUGAUUAUGUAGCAGAAGUCUAUGGGUAGAUUUCAUGUCUUUCAGAGGGGUAAUUGUAUCCUUACUUUCACUGCCCACAAGCUCCCUUCCCUGUCCUCAAACCCAAUGUUUUUUUUCAUUUAAGAGCACAUGCCUGAGUGGGAGGUUCAUAGAUGCCUCCAUACAGUUAAAUUUUUGUCUAUUUUCCUAAAAGAGCUGGCUCAGGAAGACUUAGAAUGCAAAAAAUCGGAGCUUAUAUUUUAUAUGUCUUAGAUGGGAGGAAACCGGACUCAAUGCAUCCCUUAGUACGUUCCUAGGUGGUAUAUUGUCUUUUUUAUAUUCCAAGGAGCCACUCAAAAUGUGAGCACUAAAAUGUGUUUUGAUGUAACUUAUCUGUAUUCUGUGGGGAGAUGAUUAUUAAUCUGUGGUGUCCGUAAGUUCUCUUUCUAAGCAACUUGAGGUUGGAACCAUGCAAACUGGUUUCAGUAGGAUAAGCUUCAAGUAUACAGGCAAAUAUUUUCAGCUUGGCUGUAUUGUGCAUUAAUUGCUAAUUGUUCUUCUGUCCCAGUGGGUAUUUGCUGGGGUAGGAGUUCCCAUUAUCCUUUCUUGAUGGAGGAACCCAGUGAUGCUCUACAUAAGGAAGAGUUCCAGGUUUGUGGUGUUAUGCGAUUGCUUCACAACAGAUUGAGCAUCUGCUGAAAAAUAGCUGUUGCCUUGGAAAGAAAUUCCUGUCUCAGGGUAGAGUUGUGCCUUGUGAAAUUUUGUUUCUACUUACAUAUUUCAUGCAGGGUGCUGGGUGUUCUUUCAUUCUGUGGAAGGAUUAGAUGAUGUGGUCAUUUUAUAAUGGUGCCAAUAGAAUACAGCGGAGCGACAGGAAGAAGCUUCAGAAGCAGUUAGUGUUAAAGCUCUUGGUGGUCCAUAAGUAAGUAUAGAAGAGGUCAAUGAGUACAGUGCAUGUGACAUAAGUAAUACUCCAAGUUAUAAGCCUGGUGUAAGCUAGUUGGGAAAUGUAGUAAGUGACAGAGUUUGUAAACUCUGGAAUUUUAACAUGGAGAGGUAUCAGACUAGUAAGUGAAUAGAUCCAAAGGGAUUUGUUUGGAUAUAAACAAGAUCUGUUGGUCUUGUUUAUAUCAGCAGAAACAAGAACAGAAACUUCUCUAUUAGCUUUUGCGUUUAAUUGUACCAAAACUACUCUUCUGUUUUUCUGGGUUUUUCUUUUACUGAAGUUUCUGAAGUAUUCAGAAAUGUAUGUGUUGACUUGGCCUGUGACUUCAGCAGCAGAGAAGUCCAUUAAUGUGAGACAAGUGUGACGGCCAUUUUCAUUCAAGAACUGUGAGGGAACUUGAACUUGGUGGUCAUGACAGUAUUAUCCUGGUUCUGUGCCUGUAUAAAACAAGUUCUGUAAUUUGAAAUGAGAUAGUGUUUGGGAAGAAGACAAAUACCACAUAUUUUCACAUUUACUCUUCUACAGGCUAUGCACUUUAAAAGUCAAUGGAACCAGUCCAAAAACCUGGUUGUGAAAACCCACAGUGAUCUCUGCUUUCAUAGGCAAGAGGAGGUUCUGGGAGCCUGUCUUCAGCUUUGUACCUCUGAAUUCACAAAGGAUUUGGUUCAGUUACAGUAGGAAUUGCUUGGAUUCCGUUUUAGAAUUUUUUGGGCGAAAUCAUAGCCCUUGUUUCCACAUGUCUUUUUCUUACAAAUCAGUCUCUAGAAAUUGUGUAACUUGUGUGUAAAUUACAAUUAAAUAGAUACUUCUG